ACAAUAGCGCAGGAUGUUCUCUUCUGGAAGGCACAAAUGAGCGUCGUUGGUCGUUUUGUUUUGAACUGAACAGCACAUCUAUCAGUUGUUGAGGGAGAACAAGUGAGAAGAGGUUUAUUUGGGGGGCGGGGGAAAGAAACGUGACGUUGGAUUUACAAAAUGGUUGGCCAGAUUUGACGGAGAGAUUAAUUAAACAAAAUUGACGAUCAGGUACGCCUUCCAGCCACCCCAAAAUAUGCAGGAAAUAGAAACAUUGACAAUAUAAAAGUGAUGCUACAGAUGUGCUAAUCAUUAUGAAGAUGAGCGUCCACAUCUGGAUUUCUGGCGGCUCUGUGAGAGCGAAUAUGCUGCUGCGCACCAUCAAGGAAGCUGGAGUCUGAAUCGGCUUGAUUAUUUAUUUAUUUUUCCCAAAUUUAUUCAUUUUUUUAUGUGUGAGGAUGCUAUUUGCCCUACAUGUGACUGUCAUGUCCUCAGCCUUUUUCAAUCCCAGCUUUGCCUUCAGCUCCCACUUUGACACAGAUGGAGCUCCACUGAGCGAGCUGUCGUGGCCUUCAUCCCUUGCUGUGGUGGUCAUCUCCUUCUCCGGCCUUUUCACCUUUGUCUUCCUCAUGCUCGCCUGCCUGUGCUGCAAGAAGGGCGACAUGGGCUUCAAGGAGUUUGAAAAUGCAGAGGGAGAGGAGUACCAGGCGGACCUCUCGCCUUCACGCCACAAUGGGCCCGAGGUUUACAUCCUGCCCCUCACCGAGGUCUCCCUGCCUGUCUCCAAGCAGCCCGGCAGAUCCAUCCAGCUUCUAAAAUCAUCCGACCUGGGCCGCCAUAGUUUACUCUACCUGAAGGAGAUUGGCCAUGGCUGGUUUGGCAAGGUGUUGCUGGGCGAGGUCAACGUGGGCCUCAGCACCACCCAGGUGGUGGUGAAGGAGCUGAAGGCCAGCGCCAGUGUGCAGGACCAGAUGCAGUUCCUGGAGGAGGUCCAGCCUUUUAGGACUUUACAGCACCCCGCUCUCUUGCAGUGCUUGGCCCAAUGCUCGGAGGUCACGCCUUAUCUGCUGGUCAUGGAGUUUUGUCCUCUGGGUGACUUGAAAAGCUAUCUCUGCGGUUGCCGAGUGACUGACUCAGAGACGCCCGACGCGCUCAUCCUCCAGCGAAUGGCAUGCGACAUUGCCUCGGGGCUUUUACACCUCCAUAAGAACAACUUCAUACACAGUGACCUGGCCUUGCGAAACUGCCUGCUAACAUCAGAAAUGUCCGUUAAAAUCGGAGACUACGGGCUUUCUCACAGUCUAUAUAAGGAGGACUAUUAUUUCACACAAGACCAGAUUUGGGUGCCCUUACGCUGGAUUGCCCCUGAGCUCAUAGAUGAAGUCCAUGGAAACCUGCUGGUUGUUGACCAGACGAAAUCAAGCAACAUCUGGUCGCUGGGGGUCACCAUUUGGGAGCUGUUUGAGUUGGGCGAGCAGCCAUACAGGCAGUACUCUGACAGACAGGUGCUGACAUAUGCAGUCAAAGAACAGCAGCUCAAACUGGCCAAACUGCAGCUCCAAUUUCCCCUCGCUGAGCGCUGGUAUGAGGUGAUGCAAUUCUGCUGGCUGCAGCCCGAGCUGAGACCAAGCAGCGAGGAAGUUCACCUCCUGCUAACAUACCUCUGCGCUAAAGGCUCCAGUGAGGCUGAGGAGGAUUUCGAAGAACGUUGGAAUGCACUGAGACCUAACUUGCUCGGAAGCCCCUCCCACAUAGCCGCACCCCUCGAACUCACACCGAUAAUCCCUGUGGCUGACGCCCACAUCUCGACCCAAACUCAGACCGUAGAGCUGGCCUCGUCGGCUUCAUCCUCCUUUCCGCUGCUGGAGCACUUCUCUGACAGCUUCCACUCUGACACGGGGGACGACUUGCUGACCGUCACAGAGACCAGCCACGGUCUCAACUUCGAGUACAAGUGGGAGGAAGGCCGAUCCGAGCAGCCCUACUGCUCUUCGUCCACCAGCGGACCACUGUGCCAGGGGAACCCACACUACCAGGAUAUAUACUACUCAAGUGACGUCAGUACAUCAGGCGUAUCGCCACCUUACUAUCAAGCAGAGCAUCCAUGUGUGGUUCCUGUGUUGAGCGCCCUCAGCCCUUCUGUCAGCAGUGAAUAUUACAUCCGUAUAGAAGAAACAGAGUGUAACAUUAACUUGGACAACUGUAGUCCUGCACUGGAGGCUGGAAACACCUGUUUGCCCACUGAGAGUGAGACCCCCACAGCACAAACAAAUACCUACUGGUCAACUGCUGACAUCACCAAAUCAACAGACUCAUAUUCAAGCCCCGCUAUGCAGCUCGCCUCGGAGCCCCUGGUAAGAGAGGCAUCCAGCAGCAUCGGCAGCCCCGUAACUUUAAACCAAUGUGGCCAUGCUGGCCCCUUACACUAUCUGGCCCAAUCUAAUGUUCGUCAUCCGGUGGAAUGUUCAGAAAGUCAGUCUAGUCUGACUGAAGCUGUGAGCAGCCCCAGCUUAGGUUUGUGUGACCCCUACCUUGAAGCCAGAAAUGACUCCAUAUGUACGAUGGGUUCCCUGCAAAAGACGUUGACCAUCAUAAACCAUGUCAACAUCGAUGUAGAUACAGGUGAUGGCCUGCUGGUGGGCUGUCACGGAAGCAGGGACGUCGACGAUGGUGCUUUCUUUGAGGAAGAAGCCACAAACUGGACCUUGAACCAUUCUGCCAACAAUAACAUUCUGAAUUUUGGCAACAGGGACACAAGCAGAAUGGAGAAUUAUCUCCAUCUUCAAUAUAACACGACAGAUUUAUGGUCUUUAACCAAGGACACCACCAAGACUUUCCGCAGUUGCAGAACUUUGAAACUGGAGGCAGAAGAAGGGGAAUCAGUUGGUUCCUCUGCCAGUCAAGCCAAAGAAUUAGGCUCAUAUGUUCAUCUACGUCCCCAAGAUAGGGGGAGAAUGCCGGAGCAAAAUAACCUGGCUGGUUUCCCAAGUAAUGACUGCCUUGCCAAGUCAAGCGCCAGAGGGGAGAAUGAAAAGCAGUUGUUACCGAACGGAGAGAGACUCUACUCCGAGCCCAAGAUGAUACCUGACACAAGCUAUGUACAGUCUCCUUCCUCCUUCAAUGAGUCGCAGACUGGCUGGAUUGAAGCAUUACCAGAGAAGACUACGGGUAGCAUUUGGGACGGCGCCCCAACAGGAGUCCCCGCUUUGAGAGACAUCAGACUAACUUAUGAUCCCUCGGAAAUGAACAUCAGAGAGCUGGGGGGCGGAAUCGGGACCAGAAACGCCAGUAGUACCCUGGUGGAGCUGGGAGACUACAGCGAAGAGGAUGAUGACUUCACAGAUAUCACAUCAGGCAUCUUCGCUGAUUUCAACCUCGACUACGCAGAGGUAGAAGAAGAUGAGUUGAGUCCACUGAAGAACUCGGAGAGAACGACCGUCUCCGUUGACAACAUCAACCUCUAUUCACGCGUCGCAAGCACCUGUGAUCAAGCCUUCAGCCCAGACUCUUUCAGUGCUCCCGUCCAGCCCAAAUCUCUGGAUAGCGGCUACGACACAGAAAAUAACGGAUCUCCGGAGUUCAUGUUCAAAGAGCUUGCUGAUCCCCAAAGAGGUGAACUUGUUCUGCAAGUGCGUCACGGUCUCACCAGUGGUCCAGAGGUCCAGUUAAAGCAAAUGACUGAUCAACACCAUUACAGGGACUCGGCCUACUUCUCUGACUAUGAAAAUGACAAAAGCCCCCGAGAGGAUGAUGGUCAAUUCUUUGCAGGGCCAACUAGACAGGCAGAGAAACUGAGCUCUUCCAAAGGCGUUGAUGGCAUCACCAGGGAGUUCGCUAUCACAGAGGACUUGAGACUCAUUAAAGGUUGCGUUUUGGAAAGACCCUCUGACCCCCUUCCCACGCCCGGACUGUCCAUGUUGUCGCCAUUUCCUGCACAGAUGGGUGGUUGCCUGACCAAAGAGGCAGCACCAGAGGACGAUGAUCUGGAGUUGGAGACAGAGUACCAAGAGGAGCCUUGCUCAGAGCUCAGCACCUCUGCCGGGUCUGAACCAUCCUCCAACAUCCAAGAGGCCUUGAGAAACCAUGAGGAUGGGAAGAGAUCCCAAGACUGUUGCCAGGUGCAGAUAUGUCCUGACUCCACUGGAUCUGAUUACAAAGACGAUGAGGAACCCAAAGAGAACACCGAGGAGGAUGAGCUGCCGGAAUUCAAUCACGUGACAACACCAGAGGAAAGGAGAGAGGCCGUCCAGAUAAAUGAGGACGAAUUUGAGGACAUCGAUGCAGAGGAAUGCGACAGCUUGUGUGAAGAGCCAAAUGUCGUAGCCGAGCUGUCGUCUUCAUCGUCGAUGAUGGAGCUGUGUGGAGAAGCAGUGAGAGCCCCGCUGGAGGAAGCGGAGGACGAGGACGACUCCGAUGACAGCGAGUCGGAUGAAGAGUUGAGGACCUACAGCAUCCAGGAGGAAGACAGCGAGGGCAGCAACGAAGAUCUGAGCUCGGUGCCGGUCGUGGUGAGUGACAGCAGCAGGGCAAGACACCUCCGUAGCCUCCUGAAGAUGCCCACGCUCCUCACGCAAUCCUUCUGUGAGGAGCUGGAGACAAAGAAAAAGGCGGUGUCCUUUUUUGAUGAUGUCACCGUGUUCCUCUUUGACCAAGAAAGCCCAACCGGAGAACUCGUUGACUACAAUUUCUCUCCUGAAGAAGAGUCCAGGAGGAAGGAACCAGUCGAUGAAAACGUUAAACCCUGUGAGGAGCAUCGUGACGCUGAGGAGAAAGACAAUGCAGAGGAAGGUUACGAGUGGGAGGACGAUGUUGCAUUUGAGCAACCGUCUUCACCUGACGCCAUGCCCGAGGCCCAACUGACGCCCACUUCCACAUCAAACAAUCCAGAGGCGGGGAAAUCUGCACCAGAGGCAUUGAACCGAUUUAUGGUGUCCAGAUUCUCCAUCACGCACGUCUCGGACACGGUCACAGCAACGGGGAACACCGAUGACGUUCCAAAAGACCACGGGGGGACGACUGGAAGAGGACUGUGAUCCUCAAUAAUCCCAACAUGAAACAUUAAUACGUCACGUGACCCUUUGAGACAGUGCCUCAUGGUGAUUUGCACAGUUUUUUAAUUUUAUAAUUUGCUGCUGGUUAUGAAGUGGAUCCGACUAUGCCCCCCCGCCCCCUCCCUAAAUAACGCCCUUCACAUUGGUCACUCAGUGCUUCUUUGAAUUGGCUGCUUAACAUUGUUUUAAAGACUGUUACCAGACAAUUCAGACUUUAUUUUUCAAACCGAUAUGAUGUAAGGGACGGCGAUAGAGCACUUUGUGUUAAACAUCACUAUUGUCACUGCGUCUUUUAUUUUGAAGUAUCAUGCUGUCCUGAGUCUUUUCUACGUCUGUGUUGUUGUUGUUCAUUCUAUUGAAAUUAUAUGGGAAGUCCCCUAUUGUAUGUUAUAUAAUAUAAAAUGUAGCAGAUAGCUUGACUUGAAUUACCACUGCAGUCAGGAUGCAAAUCUCCCUCACAUUUGCCAAAGAGAUGUUUAAAGAACAAAAAAAAAGCCCAAUUGGAUGACAUGGCAAUAAUUGGAAGAGCGGGUGUUGUUUGUACCAGUGACAACCAGUAUCAUCAUCAUCAUCAUCGCACCAGCACCAGUAGUAAGCAGUAUCAGUGAUGUCCAUUCUGUCUUCAUUCACGGCUGUUGUAGUAUCCUGAAACAAUACACUGAAAUACUUUACUUUCUCCCCGUUUCUUCUCUCAUUUCUUCUCACAAAAAAGUUCUUAUUUAAGAGAACAAAAUCAGAUAUGAGUAAAGUUGUACUAUUAGAAUAAAGUCAUUAUGACAAAAUUGUUGUCCAAUUAAAGUAGUAGAUUAUAAAAAAGAAAUCAAGUCGAAGAAAUGUGAAAAAAAUUGUAUGGGUCUGAGAAGAAAGUUGUUUAAUUGCAAGAAAACAUAAAAAGAAUGAAUUUAAUCAAGUUAUGGAAAAAUCAUAACAUUGAGAAUAACGCUGUAAUAUCGACCAGUCCAGGGUGUACCUGGCCUCUCACCCAAAGUUAGCGGGGAUAGGCGCUAGCAUACCCUUGGCCCUUGUGAGGAUAAGCGGCAUAGAAAGGAUGGAUGGAAAAUUACCGUGGUUGAUCGGCUCCAGACCCAACCGAGACAAGUGAAUUUCCACUAAGUAGGAUUCAAUUUUCAUAAUUAGGAGCAUAGAAAACCUGUUAAUGACUUGCUGAAUAAAAUACUUACCAUGAUUAAAGCCCUCUGUUGACAUCAUAUACUGUUAAAAACCCCUUUAAUCACUGUUGCACUCCUAUUUGCAUGCACAGGCUAUGGGACCACUGCAGGGACAUGAGAGACAGCAUUUGCCUCAACCAAUAGCACGCUAGCACACUAACUAGUUAGCCUCCAAAUUACUGUAUUCUCAACUUAGUGUUUAAAACGUAGCACUAAAAAUUUACCAUUUCCACACAAUGUGAAGAGAAUUGUCAUGUCUCAAUAAUGGAGCAUUACUGUCGCCUAGUAAACAGAAUUCUACAUGUACUUUAGUCUUUCCAUAUUUUCUUAUGCAUGAAACAGUAUACAUGAGUGAAGGAGUGAUAAUCGAAGAGAAAUCUAGUGUUAUGAGAAUAAAGUCAAAUUGUUUCAACUAAAUAGUUGUAUAAAUAGUAACAUAAACAUUGUCAGUUGUCACUUGUAAAUACCUCAUUGACAACUCUAUUCAUUCUUGUUUAUUUUCUUUCCAGCGUCUGCCAUAACAGUAACUUUGUACAACCCCAAAUGACAUUACCACACAUACUGGCAGAAAGUUUGCGUCCACUGAGAUUUAUUUUGGACAUGAUAAUUUAUGUGCUUUCUGUACACGACAGGUAUAUAACAUAAACAGACAAAAACACAUGGGAAAUCAACAAAGUGAAAGCUAUAUAAAAAGUAAAAAACAACAACAAAUGCAAUCAUAAAAGCAUGACCAAUAAGCCCUCAACUUAAACUACAACAAUGUCGUAAUUCUUGACAGCUAUUGCUAUUUUUUCAUCGAAGAACUCUCCUAGAUUGAUCUAUUUCUUACUUUGACCAGCGUAUAGUAUAAUACUGAGAACGAAUGACCAAAAGGCUCUAUGAAUACUGCGCCUUAUCUGAUAUAAGCUACCGCUCCCUCAAAGCUAAUAAUAAUGCUAAUAAAAGAAGUCCAUUGGGAUUAACCUCACAUCUUUAUGCGACAAAUUAAAUAUAUUUUUUAAAAUGACUGGUGGUACGGCAAAAAGGUAAGAGAAAAAAAGAGUUCCAAAAUGCUAACAUUGACAGCAUACAAAAUACCAACGUGUGAGGCCCACAAGCUUGUUGGAUGAAAACACAAAAGUAAAGAGUGGAAGGCACAAUUCCCCACACAGCUACAGCAAGCAACCACCAGAAACUGUACUUACCGUUCCUAAUAAUAAUCAUUGCUGCUCAUUAAUGUCAAUAAUAAUAAUAAUAAUGAAAUUUACACUCUAACAUGUCAAAGAAAGUAAAAAGUAUAGGCUCCAAUCUUAUCCAUAAAAGAAAUGAAAAAGCCAAGUUAGGCUGCGUUCACACUUGUGGUUUGAUACUUGGUGCACAUUUUGGUGUGGUGAGCUCAGAGGGGUGCAAACGGUACCUUGGACCAUGUCUCGGUUUUUGGGCUACAGUCCCGCCGACUGCUCUGUCACUUCAAACCCAGGUCCAUGCAAAUUCUACCAGAACUCUCAUGCAUGGAGAGUUUCCAAAAGGGAGUUUUUAUCUUGAGUUCAACUUCAUUGGACGGUUUUUAUGACUAUUAUAUGACAUAACUCCAAUUUUUAAACUAAAUGUCCUCUCUUAGCUUAAAUAUGGAGGUUACUUUCAUAUUAGAUUUUUUAAUCAAAAGCUUCCACAAGCGCUGUUGUCACCCAUUUUCUCUUACAUAUUUCUGUAUGUUUUUUGUUAUUAUUAUCAAAGCCAUCAAUAAGCAGUCCUGGUCUGAUUGAACCAGGGUUGGCAUGACUGCGUUCACAGACCAGCUUCCAACCCAACCAAAAUGACAAGUGUGAACGCACCCUUUGCUUCUGGGCCCACUAGUGGCCAAAAAAGGGGACUGCAGUCGGCUAGUAGUAGAUGGUGGCAGAUCGGUCGUCAUUGAAGGUGGGCCGGAGGUAGACCUCCAUGGAACGGUCACUGCAGGGACAGGAAGGGGCGGGGAUGAUGCAUACCAACAGUUAGGCUUGAAGAAAUAAUUAAAAAAAUCAAUAAAAUGUUCUAAAGCUGCGAAACCACACCCCAACCACCCCAAAGUUUGUUCUGUUGAGGCGUCUACUGCCGUGUUAGCAAGCACCAAAAGUUCAGCAAAAAAAAAAAAGCAUGAAUAAACUUCCAACAGCCGAGCAGCCAAUGAGAGCAGAGCAGGAAGUAGUAAGAAGCGAGCUAAGAUGAUUGGCUGGCAUUAAGAGGCAGUGGACUUACGGAGGUCCUGUUCCCUCAGAAGCGGGACAACUCUGGACCCAAACUGGAAGGUAAAGAGAACCUUUGGGUUUGAGUGGUUCACCUCUCAGGUCAUGCAUUGGCUGACAAUUAGUAAGGACAUUGCAGGUUAGUCUGCUGGAGAUGAACUUGUUAUUAUGGAAGUACACUGGAAUGUCUGAAGGUGGAACACAAUCUACGCCACAAAGGGUCUUAGAAGCAUUUUUUUUUAACAAAAGAACUAAUAGAAAUUGUAAGCGUCUGUUCCAGGGUCAAACUGCGGCCAGCCUAAACCAGUUUAGUUUUAGUGACCUAAGUGAAACCCUCAAAAGUCUCAACUUUAAUGCAUUCAAGUGUAAAAAGAAGUUAACCAAGGUAAUGUUUAGUUGUAUUGGUGUUGGUUAACUUCUUUUUACACUUGCGUGAGAAGGAAAAAUGUUCCAGCUAAUUGAGUGAGGUUUUACGAUCCACCGUUUUUGUACUUUUGGUGGUGGUCACAGUUUGACUCUGGAACAGAUCAUUUCUUCCAUUAUUCCCUAUGGGAAAAUGGCUCUAAAUCAGGUUCACAGAUUGUGUUGAACCGUCGAGGAUCCAUUCGGUGAGUGAAUGGGAUGGCUAACCAAAAAAGAAACACAUGGAUUCAUGCUCCACAUGCUGAACAAGCCGUGCUUCUGCAGCUUGUCACAAGACAUCAACAGGCAGGUGUUUGGAAGUGUGUGUCGUCACCCAAAAUACAACAAAAGUACUUGAAAAGUCAACUACAACCACGAGGAUCAGGCAGCAUUCACACCGUUUAUCACACACACACGAAAAGGACAUGCGGGGUUUUGGUGGCGACAGCAGUUUGCACAAAAAGAAACAAUCCAGAAUGAAACCUGUCCAGAUCGGGACAAGAAUAAAUGUGAAAGAACAGAUUUCCCGUCACACCAGACGAUUUAUUAAUAUAUAGAGAUAUGUUUUAUUUAGAAUACCUUUGUAAAAAGUCACCAUACAUUCAAAGUCUUUUUUUUUCUUCCAGUAUCACAUCUUCUGAUAUCCCGCCACGGCAUGCAUAAGAUAAAACAACUAAUCAUCGGCCAUUUGUAGGUCUUUUGUACAACAAUUUGAAAGGGGAACAAAACUACAUAGCCACUCAGGGAAUACAAUCAUAAAUAACACUGCUGAGAGCUGAAAAAUAAAUAGAACAGAAUCAAACAUGGCUGUCAUUUCAAACAUCCAAGGCAGGAGGAUUUCUACAGAGAUUAAACGUGGGGGCUGAAUUUAUAAAGAAAUAAAAAUAGAAUUGCAGUGGUCAUAAUACAGUGCCAUUUGGUGGACGGACAGAAACAAUUCAUAUAUAGAUAUACAGUAGAUUAAAUAGAUACGCUGUAUAUUCUUUGCCUGCACAUAAAAUAUGUGUUUCAUAGGGAAAAAAAAGGGGGAGAAAAGCAGCAUAUAAGGCAUUGGACACACCCUCUGGACAAAAAACUAUUCAAUACAGUGCAGGUAGAAAGUGAACACACGCCAGUUGCAUUUAAAAAUAGUUUGAGCUGAGUAUAUGUGAAUAGUUUUAAAAAAAAUACAUUGCAAUGAGGAAAGCGCUUUUUUAAAUUGAACAAAUCAAGAUUUCCUAGUACAAUAAUCACAUAAUGCAUGAUUACUGUAUAUACCGGUGUAUAAGCUGCUACUUUUUUCAUAAACAAUGACCCCGGCGGUGCAGUUAAUUCAUCCUGACAUCUUGACUUCAGAACUACAACUCAUCGUUUACAUAGAGUGCCUCUCGCCAGUCAGUGAGGAAAAGAUUACGAGCUAUCAGUGAAUCACAACGAGCUUGUUAACCCUUUUGCUCACGGUGUCAUCUUCUGAAGAACUGGCUCCCACUGACUCAAAGAAUCACCUACAAAAUCCUUCUGUUCACCUACAAGUCCAUCCAUAACCUUGCCCCCCCUUACCUCUCUGACCUCGUCCACAUUGUCAAUCCUUCCCGCUCCCUCAGAUCUUCCUCCUCCCUCCAUCUCACUGUACCCUCUGCACGCCUUAGCACUACGGGGAGCAGAGCUUUCAGCCGCUCUGCCCACGAACUCUGGAACUCAUUGCCACCUGACCUCCGUAACUCUGCCACCCUUCCCAUCUUCAAAUCCAAACUCAAAACUCAUCUGUUCAAACUAGCUUACUCUCUCUAAUUGCGUCACAUGCCCCCCCCUUAUUUAUUGUAUGUUUUUAUUCAUUGUUUGUUCUCUUUUAUCUUGUAUUUUAUAUUCGUGUUUUUAUAUCUUCUGUACAGCAACCUUGGGUGUCCUGAAAGGCGCUUUGAAAUAAAAUGUAUUAUUAUUAUUAUUAACGCUAAAAACAUCACACAGCAACUUAACACUUAAGUGUUACCAAUAUGAGUUUAAAAUAUUCAUUCAUUCAUUCAUUCAUUUUCUACCGCUUAUCCUCACGAGAGUCACAGGCGUUCUGGAGCCUAUCCCAGCUGUCUUCGGGCGAGAGGCGGGGUACACCCUGGACUGGUCGCCAGCCAAUCACAGGGCACAUAUAGACAAACAACCAUUCACACUCACAUUCAUACCUACGGACAAUUUGGAGUCACCAAUUAACCUUGCAUGUUUUUGGAAUGUGGGAGGAAACCGGAGUACCCGGAGAAAACCCACGCAUACAUGGGGAAAACAUGCAAACUCCACACAGAGAUGGCCGAGGCUGGAAUUGAACUCGGCUUUCCUAGCUGUGAGACCUGCAGAUUAACUACUUGCCAUGCAGCCAGAGUUUAAAAUAUACAUUUUAACUUUUCCCAUACUGUGUUGUGUCCAAGCAAAGCAGGGUGCUGCAAUGAUAUCAGCCUCCCUCAGAGGCAACAAUGCAGCGCCAUCCAUCGUUAAAAUAGUUUUAUUCAUUUUAAACUUUUAUUGGUACUUUGUAUAUUUAUUUUUGAGUGUCAAGUCGCUGUGUGAUGAGUUAUUGUUUUUGUAAGAUGACACCGUGAGUGAGGCUGUUAUAUUGAGUAAUGGUCUCUUGCAAUUCCCAAUGGCUUGACAAGCUUGUCGUCUGUUUUUUCAUAGCUCAUGAUUGGCUGCUGUCAAAUAAAGAGAUGCCUGGUCCA